UGUUUUCAUAAAAAACUAUGGUAUCAGCAGAAAACAGCAGAGAUAUCUAUGCCGGCAAAGAGUCAUUAAUUAUGACAGAAAACAUUAGCAAAAUUAGACGAGAUGGAGGAAACUGCGAACACUGUGUCGCCUUUUGUGCUCAAGCUCUGGAAGAUGAUAAGUCACCAAGAAGCAGCAAACGUAAUAGUGUGGAGCGAUUCUGGAGAUAGUUUCAUAAUCAAAAACCAAGCCCUCCUCAUCACGAAGCUCCUGCCUCUCUACUUCAAGCACAACAACAUGGGGAGUUUCAUUCGACAGUUAAACAUGUACGAUUUCCACAAAAUAUGCGUGGAGAGAAGCAACGAAAUGGAGUACAAGCACCAAUAUUUCCAGAGAGACAAGCCAGACCUCUUGAAGAACAUCAAACGGAAAACACCGCUAAAUAAGACAUGUAGCCGAGGCAGUUGCGAAUUGGUAAAUUUGUCUUCGGAAAUAACAGCCAUAAGGAAACAACAAGACGAAAUAUGCGCACAGAUAAAUGUGCUCCAGCAGGAAAACGUAACACUGCUCAACGAACUGAGCAGUUUGCACGCGAAACAGAACAAUCAGAACACGAUUUUGAAGAACAUCGUGCAAGUCUUGAUGCCGUUCUUCGACUUAUCGAAGAACAAAAACGAGGUGAACAAUGGGCCCAAGUUCUUUCACGUAUGCCAGAGCGUGCCACAAAUCGAAGUGUUCAAUAAAAAUGCUUCUACUAACAACUGGAUUGAUAAACGCUGGAUUUAUCAAGAGAAGCAGUUGUGUGCGCCCCCCAGUGAGGGCCAAGGCGGCGAGACGUUGUCCAGAGACACUCUUAUUGACUUGGACAAUGAGCUCUCGAAUAUUAUUGAAACAGAAAUGUUGGAUAAUCCAUCUUUGCUCAUCAGUCACGACCUGAACCAGGAUUUUAACUUAGAAACUGGCGUAACUGAUGAUAACUUUAAGACUAAAGUAGAUUUUUGAUUGUUAAGUUUCUUUGAAAUAAAUUUUUUUCGUUCCAUUCAAA